AUGGGUGGACACGAUGAUGGUGAAAUCGAAGGAGGUGAACGGUGCGGAAAGAAGACAGCGAAGGCAAAGAGGAAAAAGAGUAACUUUUAG